AUGGGGAUAAGAACAUCUAAAUAGGUUGAAGUUGAUGAUUUUUUGGAGGUUUUUGGAGAAGAGAAUAAAAGAAGACAUGUUAGUAGAGCCGAUUUUAAAAUAAUCAGAUAAAUAUCAAAUUAAACUGGAAAUUCAAAAUUGUUUUAGGUUGAGAGUCUGAAAGAUCAAUAGCAAUAUUUCAUGAAAUAGCUUAGUAAAUUUGAAAUUUAUGACUAAAGAGAAAUAGAAAGAGUUCAUAGAGAAUUAUCUAUAUGCUCUCUAUUGAUGAAUACGAAAUAUGUUGUAAAUUUGCACUAUGCUUUUUAAGAUCUUAAUUAUCUCUACCUUAUCCAUGACUAUAAAAAUGGUCCUAAUCUAACACAGCUACUAAAAAAUAUGAAAGUCAAUAGGGUGCAAAUCGAGGAAGCCCAUGCGUAAUUCAUUUUUUCUUACUUGCUUCUUGGCUUAGAGUAUUUGCAUAAAAAUAAUAUUGUAGUCCUUGGACUGAGGCCUGAAAACAUUUUGUUUGAUGACGAGGGCUAUCCGUGUAUCUCUGGGUUUUAGCAUGCAAUUAUUGAAAAUCAAAGAAACAAUAAUAGAUAAUAUGAUUUUAUUUAAAGUCAAGAAGAUGAUGAUAUAAUUAACGAUGAUUUAAUAACGCCUUACCUCGCUCCAGAAGUCCUUUUGAAACAAAAACCUAGCUAUGAAGCAGAUUUUUAUUCUUUGGGAAUGAUUUUAUAUGAAAUUAUAACAGGAGAAAGAGCAUUUUACAACAACUUGAAUGGUGCUACUUUGAAAAAAGAAGAGGAGAGAUAAGAAUUAAUUAAAUUUAUUUUGUAGCAAAAAACAUAAAUUUUGAAAGCAGAGUUACGUGAAGAACUAGAUCCAACAAGUGCAGAUCUUGUCAACAAAUUAAUUUUAAAAAAACCUGAAAAUAGAACUGGUUUCUAUGGAAUUGAAGAUAUUAAGAAGCAUGGGUGGUUGAAAAACUUUCCUUGGUAGAAAAUUUAGGACAGAUUCAUUAAAAAGUAUAGUUUAAAAAAGUAAAAUUCUGCGCUAGCUUAAAAGACAACCAAUUAGAAUGUUUCUGAUUUGCUGAGCCAACAGAAUUAAGAUAUAAUUAACACAAUUUAAUUUUAAGAAAAAUUUGAAAGAUUCUAUUAUUCUUCUGAUGACCCAAACGAUUUUUACUAUAAAAGCAGAAUUGAACAUGAGAAAAUUAUUAAAAAAUGA